ACCUCAUAUUUAUCAUAACAAUUUAACAGCAUUAUAACGGCCAUUCUAACAUUAUAACAGCAUUCCCAGUAGUAUAAGAACAUAAACAAACUUGGGAUGUCACUGUGAAACACGUGGUUUCCCAUCAGGGACUCCUCCUCACUCCUGGGUGCCAGGGCAGCUCGGUCCAUCACCCUGGAGCUCAGCGAGGUUGAGAAGGGCGCGGUGCUUUAUGAGCUCAUGAGCGUGUUCGGGUUCCAUCGCGACCAGCAGAGUGAGUCACUUUACAAGCGGGACACAUGCCCUUAUGAUGACGACGUACUUAAAAUUGAUGAUAAUAAUGAUGCAAUUUAUAAUGUGCACAAUAUUUUACGGACAUGAAAGACCGCGACUGAUGCGCGGAUUCAAGAUCAGUGUCGCUCAAAAGCCAAGGCGAAAGAGGCUGGGCCUUCAAGUGUCCCUUAAAAGUCGGUGUGGAUUGAACGCUGCGAUGGUGCAGCGGAAUGGCUUUCCAGACGGCGGGGGCUGCCAUGGAGAAACAAUGACCGGCAGUGAUGGUGUUUUGUAGAGAGGAGGUUGUGAGUCGUGCUGCGGAGAGUUCUACCGUGAGCUGUAGUGCAGGGUGACAGGAGUGAAUUAACAGUGGUUUAACUCAAUACCCUUACACUACGGUGUAACUCAAAUUGAAAAUGUUUUACAUAUUUUAUAUAUAUUUUAUUUCAUAGUAUGUUUCAAAAAGUGAGUGCAAACAAUCAAUGAAAACUUGAAACGGUAUUCUUCAUGUUGGAUCACUAUUGAUAAUGUGAACAGCGUUCAGGUCCACGGUUCCAAGAGGAAGUUCUGGCAAACAAUGAUCGUUGCUUCUGAACCCAGAGCUGACACUGAUGGAUGGAACAUGGCCUGUGUGUCAUGUCAGGCAUUGCCAUCAGUGGGGAGCGGUAGUAUAGCUGUUUGCACCCGCUGCACGAUGAACUCAAUGACCUGAGUUUUAUUUCUGCUCACGGCCAAUACCAGUGACGUCAACGAAGUGGCUUAUCACAUGUAAAUUUAUAGCGACCAAAUAUGCAUGGGAACGUAACUGUGGCAAACGGGUCACUUCCUCCGAAGGCUCUUGGGGGGGUCUGUGUUGCUAUUGGAGAGGACGAGCAAACCAUUGUAUCUCAGUGGCAGGAGAUUCUCAUGAUCCCGAGCCCAGAAUUACCAUGGGAUUCUUGGAAUUACAUUUUUAAAAAGGAACACACUCAUCAACGAUAAUGUUGUCAUUCCCUCACACAUCCGAUUAGCAUGGUUUGCUAUGUAUGGUGUGAAAUAAUUUCAACAUGCAUACAUACACAGAAGCAGCAUCAUCGUGCAUGAUACCCAAUUGUUUAGGCUCCACUUUAUGUGAUACUGAGCAUGCUUUUUGAUUGUCUACAUGGAAGCCAUGACUGGAUCAAGCACUGAGAUGGCAAAGUCUACGUUCUCUAUGAUGUCUGCUCUGGUUUUGGUGAGUGCAUCGCACACAGCCGGCAGCUGUAGCUUCAGAUUGACGCUUUAUGGGCUCUUUAUAAAAUAGAGAUUAUUAUUAUUGCUUCAGCGAGAGCCCCAAUCUGGAGCUACUUCAGCUGGGACUGCUGACUCUACACAGGCCCUCCGCACAUCACUCACUCAUGGUUUGCCACAUGGAGCUCUCUCGGUCAGAUUUCUAUUUUUAGCACACAAAUAAUGCCACUUUUUUUUAAAGGAAAUAGAUGAAGCACCCAAUUGAAUGUGUUCUUCAGCCAUUUCUUAGAUUUCAUGGUCUUAAUUGAAAUUCAUGAUUUCCAUGACCACCGUGACCUCUGUGACAAAAUCACCAUUGUCCUCAUCAUCAAACUUAUCGCCAUCAUCCGUCAUCUUUCAUCAUCAUUCAUCAUCCACACUCGUGAUAACAUAGGUUCUAAGAGUUGCGUGUGUAUACAUGUACUUACUUACAUACAUAUCAUCCAACUUAUCCAUCUCCAUCCUCACCAACAUCUCGUCAUCUCAAUCGAGCCCGCACCUCGUCCCCCGCUCCAAAUCGCCACCAGAAGGGAAGGAAAUGUUGUCCCCUAGUUCCCCGAAUCAAAUGCCCGGGAUAUGCUUUGUACCACAAGGAUUACAAGGAUUAGUGUCAUUCUAACUUGGGGAUACUAUAAUCAUAUGAUUGUAGUUAAUUAUAUUAUGAAUACGUAUAUUUAGAUCAUAUGAGUAUAAUUGGAUUCUCAUGAGGAUCAUUUUCGAAUGAGAGGAAAAUAUUAUAAUAUAAGCACAGUGUGAUUCUAAUAUGAGGACAUGCUUUUUAGACACCAAUGACAAGGAGAACAUCCAGCAAGCAGUCAAUGAGUUUGCAGAGAAAACCUGUGUUCGGCUCAUUCGGAAAGACAACCAGGAGGACUACAUCAACUUCUAGGCCCUGGACGGGUGAGCAGCAGUGAGCGGCGUGGAGAGAGAGAAUGGGGUGUAGAGAGAGCAGAGUGUAGAAAAUGAGUGGAGCAUAGAUGGUGAGCGGUGCGUCGAGGGUACAUAGAGCCGAUAGAGAGUGGGGUAUAGAGAGAGAGUGGGCCGUAAAAGGUGCGUGGGGCGUAGAUAGAAAGUGAGGUGUAGAGUGAGUGUGGCGUAGACAUAGAGAAGAGAGAUUUAUCGAUUCAGAUAUCUGCAGGGCAGGGCAACCCUUCGUGUUAGAAAACCCACUGAAGGGGAUAUCACAUAACUACCUCUGAGAUCCCCUAAAGUGACCUCUGAUCCAGAGUGGAAGGCAGCACUUUUUCACCUGCUUUGCAUAGGAGGCUUAUGUUUGCUCUAUGACAGUGAAGCACAUGUUUUAAAUCUCAGAGCUAGAAAUUUGCCAAAUUAAGUACAAAAUUGCAUUUAAUGUAGUGAGAUGGUUUUGUGUGCAUUCAUUGUUCACCAAACUGAGACCAUCAAUUCACUACACUUGAGAAUGUAGUUUAAUCACAGGCAGCUGCCUAGAAUCAAACCCAGGAUCUAAGCAGUGCCCCUCAGCUUUUGAGGCUUCACUUGCAAGCAAAAUGAACUCUUGCCUGGCUCUUAAAGGGCUGAUUUACUGCAUUUGAAUGUAUUAUUUGUUCGUGGCAUUUUUUGUCUUCUGUUGAGAGGAACACACAUCGGUAACGGCUAAUUGAAGCUUAGAAAGCCAAGUAAUAGUAUUUCUUGUGGAGUGGAUCUUACUGAGACCCUUACAGAGUGCAGACGUAGAAAUUUAACCCCUUCUCUGAACCAAUAUUAUCACACAAUACAGUGUAUUUUUUUUACUUUGAAGGUCAUCUUUCGUAAGGCAUUUAAAAGCAACUGAGAUAUCAUUUUAACUGCAUGUUCAGUUUGGUAUUCCAUUUGAUGGCAUCAAUAGUUGCUUAACAUAUAGCGUGUGCGCAUCCUGUGUAAUUGUCUAAUGGGCAGUGCUCGGUUAUGUGAUGAACAGAAUGCACAUUGACAAUUUGGCUACUCAUGUUCGAUUUAUGAACAAAAUAGCUGCAUUAGUGUGCGUUUUUUUCAAACACAGUCAAUUGCCUUCUACGUAGGCUGACGCCAAGUACUUCCUGCGUGGGGUGUUCAGGUAGUGACUUGUUCGGGACAUUGCAAGCCAUUCAGCUUUCACGCCACCAAUAGCUAACAUUCUUUUUGGCGAUCAGCAGUGUCUCCGCAUAACGUACGGUAAUCAUGAGGUGAAGGUCAUGGGGGUGAUCGUGAAAUUCCAUGGGAAUUUUCGCCACCAGGAGCUGGUCGUUCCUGGGCAAGAAAGGAGGGGCCCAGUCUUUGUCCCUGGAGCCCAGGAAGGUAACCAAGGGCGUCAUUCUGCACGAGCUCAUGCACGCGCUCGGCUUCCACCACGAGCACUGCCGCAGUGACCGUGACCAGCACAUGAAGGUCCAUGAGGACAACGUCGAGGAAGAUGAGCUUGGGCAGUUCAAACGGCUGGAAUGCAGUGGAUGUGGAGAAGAUCUGCCCUACGACUACCUCUCUAUCAUGCACUACGGCAGGUACGCCUCCUCCUCGGACUACAUGAGUGAGACAAUCACCCCCACGACAGCAGCUGAAGCUCCCAUUGGCCAGAGGAGCGGCCUCAGCCCUACAGAAACGGCCGCUCUUUGUGAAACCCUGCAGGAGCCUCCCCGUCCGACACAAGAUCCUGCAGUACAAGCAGAGAUGAUUGAGCAGAUACUGACGCAUCACUGGCAUGGUCUCCAACUGGAACAAAUGGAGGCGAUGAAGAAAAAUAAGGAAGCGCAAGAAAGACAAGGUGUUGUGUUUGUCUCCACACCUGUUGACCGCAAAAUAAAGGAAGCCUUAGAAGCUCCUCCUAUUUCCUCUUAAAUAUCCCUAUGUUUGAUUAGGGCUGUGGAAAAAAUGCUUUUUCAGUGGCUGCUCCCUCAUUAUGGAAUAAUCGGCAGGGAAACGUGAGCACCAAUCUGUAUGGAUCAUACUUAAAGUUCUCGAUUACUGAUUGUUUGCUUGGCUAAAUGAACUUUUUUUGCUUCCUUUAUUUUUGUCCAUAGAAAAUGUAGUUAUAUUUGUAUUUUAAUUUUCAACCAGUUCCCUAUCCCUGUAACAUGUAAAGCACGUAGUGAUACUCGCUGUUUGUUUUGCGACCUAAGUCAACAUGAUUGUAAUUAAGACUUGUACCGUAUAGUAUCUGCCCCGUCGCGCGAUGCCCAUGAAAUAGAGCCGAACAGCUCAUUAGGCUCUUCCUGCUGAAAUUGAAUAAAAUGUAUGUAUCUGUCUAUAAUGAAGCACAUGUCGAUAGUACCUCCAUUGCCACUGUUGUAUACGGUUGCCUGGUGAGUAUUGCAUUCAAUUUAAGUCCGUAUCAAACACAUGAAAAGCUGUCGAGAUUCAAAAACUAAAAUUAAAAAUACUUCUGUAAAUCUGUCUUUCCGGUAAAUGUGUAAUACAAAUAUUCAGUAGUAUGAUUAUUUUAAUACUCACGGUACAUUUAAGAAUAUUUUAGACAUGUUUUUAGAACAUUUAUUAAACACAAGUUUUAAACAGUUUAUUUUCUUGUAUUGCAUUAUCAGUGGUACAUAAGCACAAAUAACAAGAAUUCAAAGAAUUCGUCAAUAACGCUGCCCUAAAAGGAAAACAUAUUAUAGUUGACAUUUAGAGCAAUGGCUCUUCUUCAUAGCAUAGAGAUGAAUCACUAUUAUAGAUUUUGAAAGUCAAAUCCCUCUCACAGCUUUACCGAUUAUCUAUUACAAUCCAUGGGCAGCAAAGGCAUCGCAAAGCUUGAGACUCUACCCUCGCUGCAUAAUCCCAGCUGUUAUUAGUUUCAAGAUUCAGGCUCCUUUUGUGCAACUUUGACUUCAGCCACAUCAUUACACACUUGUUUUCUGGACAUCUCUAAGCCAGGUACCCAGCACUGCCCAAAGCAGCUGCCUCACUGGCCUACAGUCCACACACUGUGAUCACUCCAACCACCUCCUGUCCCUAUUGAGUGGCUGGGACGCACUUCACCAUGAAGAGUAGGGAGCGGCGGUGCUACGAACACAGAAGCUUGGAUAUAUUUCAGGCCAAGGCUGCUGUCUGUUGUGGAUCGUACUCUAGAUUGACUCAGGAAUAAAUCAGGACUAAAUGUGUAAAAAUAUAAAUGCACACAGACACACACUACAAAUAAAUUCUAAACUACAUUUGAUCAAAUAUAUUAUUACAUAUUUAGUAAAUAAUGAAUGCCUCAACAUCCAAAGAAAAUAACAAGUGCCAUCUUGAUCCAGAAAAUCGUAUUGGAAUGCUUCUGCUGUGAUGAAUGCAAGUGCCCUUGAUGUGUGGCAACUGUGUUGUGAUUGCUUAUUUUCCUAUUUUUUUUCAACUCUUGAAGAGUAGCUGCUCCAUUUGGUGGCUUUACACAAAUGAGCAUCGGCGAACUGCUCAUUUCCACUGCUGAUUAUAAAAAAUGGAACACCUCCACUUUGUUAUACUCUCUCCAAAAGUUAUACGUUUAAAGUUGUGUUACUACAACCUCACCAAUGAACACUUGCCACAAGACGGCAGUACAACAAAAGUAUGGACUCCACGUGUUCUGUCUUUACAAUAUUCCCUCGUUCUUCACGAACUUUCUAUUCGCGAGUUUGGUUAUCCACGAAUCGCAUCGGGUAACUCUAGACGACUGCAUCGAGAGAGAGAGAAUGUGAUGAGAUAAAGUGAUGAGAGAGAAUGGAAUGAUAUGUAUUAUCUCUGUAUUUAAGGUAAUUCGUUCAAACAAUAGGUUUUCGUAGGCCAAUAUUAUCCGCAAAUUUUGCUAUUCACAAGCAUGUCUGGAACAUAUCCUUCGCGAAUAACGAGGAAAACUGCAUGAUUCCUCGAAUGCGCAUGUAAACGCUCAUUAAUUGGCUGAAAACGUCUUAAUAUAUAGGGAACCACACAGCUUUGGCAGUUGUUGACGCCAGCUCACCGCCUGGCUGUCUUUCUGCUUCUCUUUGAGAGUGAGCAUAUACUGUGGCGUGUUACAAGUUGAAAUUCAUAUUAUUUCAUAAGCACUAAUUUAUCUACACUGUAAAUGUUGGAAAUGUUUUUUUUUCAAUAAGCUAACUUGACCCCAGCUUGUGUUUUGAAAUAAUACAAGUUAUGGAAUUUCACAAGUGCACAUAUUGGUGACCACAGGACCAUAUUACAUUAUGUUUGUAUGCUAAAGUGUACUGUUGCCUAUGAAGACUUGGUAAUCUAGUCUGGUAAAUGACAAGUCAUAUCCAUCUGUGUGCAGGUUCACUUUAUGAUUCCAUUCCUUGCUAGGAGUGUUUUAGCUUUAAACAAAAGUACAGCAUAAUUACUGUUUACUGAUUAAUCAUGUUUGAGAUCAGGUUUUUUUUACAUCUAUAUUUGGCAAAUGCAUUUUUUACCUUCCUGGGAAUAUGGAAUAUUUUUACAAUUGAUUGAAAGGGAACUCUAUAGAGUAAGAUACGACACAGGCCUUACCCGUAGAGUUCUACUUUGCGUUUAUUACCAGUUCUGAAUUUCAGAAUUUAUCAGCAGCAAGGAGUACACUGAGCUGCAUAGGUAAAUAUAUGCUGGCUGGUCUAGUAGUGUGUGAUACGAGGUGACUAUACUUUACUGAUGAGUUCUGAUAACGAUGUAACAAGUCUAUAGUUGUCUUCCACCUGUUGGAAAAAUUUGCUGAAGUAAAUUUUGUGAUCUAAAACAAGAAAACCACAUUGAUUAGGCGCUUUCGUGACUGCAGGAAUUACUCUUUGUUUUUUUCGGUGAAGUCACGUAGAAAUAAUACAAAUAAAAUUAUAUAAUAGCAUACGACGUUUCGAUCGCAACACAAGCAAUC